GGUCACGGCCCAGUGACGUAUCAGCGUCUCCCCCGGUUCUGCCUGCGCCGGCUGACGUCAGUGCGCGCCGCGGCCUGGAAGCGGCGCAGGCGAUGGCGGCGGCGGGGACGGGGCAGCAGUGGGUGCUGGUGGAGAUGGUUCAGGCCUUCUAUGAGGCUCCUGCUUACCAUCUUAUUUUGGAAGGAAUUCUAAUACUGUGGAUAAUCAGACUUCUUUUCUCUAAAACUUACAAACUUCAAGAACGAUCUGACCUCACACCUAAGGAAAAAGAAGAAUUGAUUGAAGAGUGGCAACCAGAACCUCUUGUUCCUCCUGUAUCAAAAGAUCAUCCAGCUCUCAACUACAAUAUUGUUUCAGGCCCCCCAAGUCAUAAAAUAAUCGUGAAUGGCAAAGAAUGUAUAAAUUUUGCAUCAUUUAACUUUCUUGGACUUCUGGAUAACGAAAGAGUGAAAAAUGCAGCCCAGGCAUCUCUGAAGAAAUAUGGAGUUGGUACCUGUGGACCUAGAGGGUUUUAUGGCACUUUUGACGUACACUUGGAAUUGGAAGAUCGACUAGCAAAAUUCAUGAGGACAGAGGAAUCUAUUAUAUACUCAUACGGAUUUGCCACAAUUGCCAGUGCUAUUCCAGCAUAUUCAAAGAGAGGGGACAUAGUGUUUGUAGAUGAAGCUGCCUGCUUUGCUAUUCAGAAAGGAUUACAGGCAUCUCGAAGUAACAUUAAGUUAUUUAAACAUAAUGAUAUGGCUGACCUUGAGCGACUUCUGAGAGAACAAGAGAUUGAAGAUCAAAAGAAUCCUCGUAAGGCCUGUGUAACGCGAAGGUUUAUUCUGGUGGAAGGAUUAUAUGUGAAUACUGGAGAUAUUUGUCCUCUUCCAGAAUUGAUAAAAUUGAAAUAUAAAUACAAAGUGAGGAUUUUUUUGGAGGAAAGUCUUUCCUUUGGGGUACUUGGAGAACAUGGACGAGGUGUUACAGAACACUUUGGAAUAAAUAUUGACGAUAUAGAUCUGAUUAGUGCAAACAUGGAGAAUUCCUUAGCUUCUAUUGGAGGAUUUUGCUGUGGAAGAUCUUUUGUUAUUGACCAUCAGCGAUUGUCGGGUCAAGGUUACUGCUUUUCAGCCUCUCUGCCGCCUCUACUAGCUGCUGCUGCUAUUGAAGCCCUUAAUAUCAUGGAGGAGAAUCCAGACAUUUUUGAAACUUUACGGGAGAAAUGCAAAAGAAUUCACAAAGCUUUACAAAGGAUCUCUGGUCUAAUAGUUGUGGGGGAGUCAUUUUCUCCAGCAUUACACCUUCAGUUGGAAGAGACCAGUGGCUCUCGAGAGAAUGAUAUGAAGUUACUCAAGAGAAUUGUAGAUUAUUGUAUGAAUAGAGGUAUUGCAUUAACUCAAGCCUGUUAUCUGGAAAAAGAAGAGAAAUGUCUUCCACCACCUAGUAUUCGAGUAGUGGUAACAGUGGAACAAACAGAAGAAGAAUUGGAUAAAGCUGCAUCGAUCAUCAGGGAAGCUGCACAGUCUGUACUGAAUUAAACUGCUGAUUUAGAUACUUGUAUCCUGACAUUAUGAAUUUUUUUUUUCCACUGUAUGUGAUGUCUUGGCUUCCACUCCAAAAGUUCCAGCUAUUUAUGGCUCAUCCAUUGAUGGAAUUGAAAGCUUGAUGAUUAACAUGGUCAUGCCAGAAUCAUGUAGAUCUAGUAAGGGGAAGAAAGAUGAAUUUGAGUUACUAAAUAAUAUGCACCAUAUGUAAAGAGUGUAAACUCUACUUAUAGUACUACUGCUUUUUUUUAAAUUGAGUAUCAUUGUUGCACAGCAGUAUUUUAUAUUGAUUUCCCCAACUUUUUCGUAAAGGCCUUAAACUUUUGUCAAUCCCCUGAAAAAUUAGAGUCCAUUUCCCUGAAACUGCUGAGCAUUAUGAGAAUGUAGGAAUUUUUAAUAUAACCUCAAAGUAAAUUUAAUUUUGUUGAAAAUAUUACCUCUUUCAAGAUAUUUUUAAUAUAUUUAAAAGCUAUAUAGUUAAUGUAUUAAGGAAUUCUUGGUUUUGAUCUAUACUAAGUAAGUAUUUUUAUUAAAAUAAGUACAUCCUAUAUUUAUAUUAAAUAAAAAAAAAAAACUUGCUUUGGUUAACCAUUCCUUGAAACCAGUUCUUAAUCUUUACCCCUACACUAGUCUACUUUUCCAAAAGAGACCUUCAGAUGAAAUACAGUGUGAGUAAUGCAUUGAAUCUGUAAGCACAUAUUGAUUUGACCGUUAUGGAUGAGGUUUUUCUUACUCAAAUUUGCUACUGUUUCAUAUAUUGUGUACAGUCAAAUAAGCUAAAGACUAGUUUAAAAAGAUCUAAGGAGAGAUUUUUAAUGACAAGGGGGGGAAAGUAACCAAAAUUUUUAUCACUACAACCACUAUGUGGAAGUUCUGAUGCACAAUAUCUAAAUUAUGCUAUUGGUUGACUACUCAUUAGCUAUAGUGAUUUCCCCCUCCUCCCCCCCAAAAAAAUCCUUAAAUAAUUUGAGGUGUACAAGUCCCAUUGAAAUACAGCUGAAUUUAUAUACUUCUCCUAGAAUCUUUUGAAAACUUAUAGCUUAAGGUCACGUGCAGGUUCGUAAUAAACACAGGUGAAGGUACAGACAUAACAUCAAUCACUUGGAAAACAAACUAAAAGGAUGACAUAAUUUAUUAUAACUUUUUAUAACGUGAACCAUUCCUGUGUACUCCAGGACUUUUUAGACUAAUUGUGUUUGAAAAUACUUCCUUUGUAUUCUUCCUGUUCUGUGUUCUGGAUUGUUUUAUAAUGUCUCUUUGGUUGCUGCUACAAAGACUACAGUGCUAUAUUUGGGAAAGAAUUUUGUUUAAAUAAAAUUAAACCUAUUUGAUUCAAAA